AUGGCCCAUCAAAACCAGAACUCGGCAACAAUUAGUCAUCUAUUUGUUCAGGCUCCAUUAGAAAAAAGAUAUAUCGGGACUUUUACUUCUGAUGUUUUCUGGGCUAGUUUUUCUACUUAUUUGUCCAAAUCUCUUGCGGAUAUAGCUGUGCGUCCAACCCCUAUCAUAGAUGAUAAAAUAAAGAGUAAGGGAAUCAAAGAACAUUUCUCUAGAAGAAUUAAGGAUGUGAGAGUAAAUACAGCUAUUGUCAUCCGCUACAUCCCCACUCCGACACUUAACUUUGCAUUCAACGACUACUUCAAGAGAUUGUUCAACUUUAAGAAAGACCAUGAUGGUUACUGUCCGCUGGUAACUUUGUCUCCGGUGGUGCUGCUGGUGCUUCCUCCAUGCUUUUGA